UCACUCUCUAUAGAUGACCGCUCAAUUAAGAUAUUAAGCAUUAAAAAAAUGUAUUACUAUUUCAUAGCCGCAUUUGUUAUUGCGAUUUUGUGGUGGAUUAAAAAUCGUGUAAAAUAUGAAAAAGAAAUUGUGCAAUAUGUUGAUAAAUUACCAGGGCCGAAAGCUUAUCCAUUAAUCGGGACUUUCUACGUGUUUUUUGGUGUUAAAAGAAAUGAUGUGUUUAAAGUAAUGAAAGGAAUCUCUGAGAAAUACGGACCUCUUUAUCGAACGUGGGCGAAAUCAUCACCCGAAGUCAACAUCAUGAAACCAGAAUAUUUCGAAUUAGUCAUGAAAAGCUCAACUUUGAUUACAAAAGGAAAAAUUUAUGAUUUUAUGUUCCCUUGGUUAGGAGAUGGGUUAUUAAUAAGUUCUGGUGCAAAAUGGUUCCAACGAAGAAAAAUGAUCACCCCAGCUUUUCACUUUCGCAUUUUAGAGCAUUACAUGGAAGUUUUCGUCGAAAAAAGCAAACAACUCGUUAAUAUCCUUGAAAGUAAGUCAAAUGGGGAAAUUUUCGAUAUUUAUCCUUACAUAACUCAUUGUGCUUUGGAUAUAAUUUGUGAAACGGCCAUGGGGGUUUCAGUAAAUGCGAUGGAUGAUGUAACAGGAAAUUCUUACGUUGAUUCGUUAUACAGAGCUAGCGAAUUAAUAAUAAGACGCAGAUUCACUCCAUGGUACCACUCCAAUCUUUAUUAUUUAUUCCCCGAAGGAAAAGAGUUCCAAAAACACCUCAACGUUCUCCAUGGAUUUACAAGCAAAGUUAUCGGAGAUCGGAAAAAAAUUUUAAAAGAUAACCCAAACAACAAAAUAAACCCAACCUUCGAUGACAUGUUAACAUCAUCGAAAAAGCGGUUAUCUUUCCUCGAUUUGCUCUUAUCAGCCAACGAAACCAUCCCAGACAAAGAUAUCAGGGAAGAAGUGGACACCUUUAUGUUUGAAGGGCAUGAUACAACAACCGCAGGAAUUUGUUGGAGCUUAUUUUUGAUAGGAAAUAAUCAAGAUGUUCAAGAUAAAGUUUAUGAGGAAUUAAAACAAAUUCUUGGUGACAAAAAAUGUCCUGAAUCAAUCAGCGAUUUAAGCGACUUAAAAUAUUUGGAGUGUUGCAUCAAAGAGGCUUUAAGAAUUUACCCCAGCGUUCCAUUCAUCUCAAGAAAAGUUACCGAAGAUAUCGAAAUAAAUGGUUACAAAAUUCCUAAAGGUGUUUAUUGCAACUUGCAUAUUCAUAAAGUCCAUAGGGAUCCAGAAAUUUAUCCGGAUCCGAUGAAAUUCGAUCCUGAUCGAUUUUUACCUGAAAAUACCGCAAAACGACAUCCCUAUGCUUACGUUCCUUUCAGCGCUGGACCAAGAAAUUGCAUUGGUCAAAAAUUUGCGAUGUAUGAAGAAAAAACGAUUUUAGCAGCAAUUUUAACGUCUUAUAAAAUCACAACGAUUGAUUCUCAAAGCACCGUUAAUGAAUUGGCCGAACUCAUCAUGAGACCUGAACAAGGAGUUAGAAUUCGUUUGCAGAAGAGAUAACGCAGAAAAGAUGAUCACUUCGGUUUUGCGAAGUGAAUUAAAAUCUACUUUUUUAAGUUAAAGAUAGAAAAUAUGAAUGUAAGAGUUAAUAAUUUUCAAAAUAUUAAAUACUAAGUAAAUUUGUUUUAAA